AUGUCAGAGUGGUAUCCCGCCGAGUUCCCGAAGCCCUCGUCCCGUAAUUCUCGCAACCUCACCCUCUCCUUGUCCGUCCCGUCCACGGCCAUAGCUUGCCUACGCCACCUUCCCUUGCACCGGCAGACUAGCGUGCAUUCAGCCGCCUCCAACCUGCGUUCUUCUCCCUCCUUUCCUGAAAAACAUCCCCGUCCGCAGAGUCCUGCGCUACUCGGAGAGCGAGCUCGCCUCUCGCUCUUCUUCAAAGUCCCGAAGCAUGUCAAGCCUAUGAUUUCCCUUCUUGCAACUUGCCACUUCACUCUAGCGCGACCAAAAAGGCUUACGCCCGCUGCAGUCCCAGAAAUCCGUCUCUCAACACAGCAUGGGGGGGCAGGGGAUAAUCUGAUCGAAGAAUCGCAGAGCUUCAGUUGUCAAGCCGUGAGCUCAGAAUCCAACAUCUUUGUGGAUUUGAGCCCCGGUUUAAGCCAUCCUAGAGCCACCUCGUGUAACUGCCACCUUCUUCGCCAGCGGCCCGCCUCCUACUACCUGGCUCUCACUGAAUAA